CUUAGCCUUCAUUUGUCUCUUGUUCUCUGUCUCACCGUAUCAUCAGAGAAAGCAGCCAUGAAUCAGAAGGUUGUACUGAUCACUGGUUGUUCUUCUGGCAUUGGAUUGGCACUUGCGGUUCGUCUCGCCAAAGAUGAGAAGAAGAGGUUUAUGGUGUAUGCGACCAUGAGGAACCUGGCUAAAAGUGAAGCUCUGGUGGAGGCAGCAGGUCGUACAUUAGGCAGGACCCUGGAGAUCAGGCAGCUCGACGUGUGCGAUGAGAAUUCUAUCAAAGCCUGUGUGGACAACCUGCCGAUGCGCAGAGUUGACAUUCUCAUUAGUAAUGCUGGAAUGGGAAUGAUUGGCCCCAUUGAGUGUCAAAGCAUUGAUGAGAUGAAAACUGUCAUGGACACUAACUUCUUCGGGCUUGUGCGACUCUUGAAGGAGAUUCUGCCUGGUAUGAAGAUGAGGAAAAGUGGCCACAUAGUGGUAAUCAGCAGUGUGAUGGGGAUUCAGGGUAUUUUGUUUAAUGACAUUUAUGCUGCUUCCAAGUUUGCUGUUGAAGGGUUCUGUGAAAGUCUGGCAGUUCAAGCUCUGAGAUUUAAUCUGAAUAUCAGCCUCAUUGAACCAGGACCCGUCAUCACAGAGUUUGAGAGUAAGGUGUAUGAAGAAGGUGCGAAGAUAGACCUCUCCAAAGCUGAUAAAGUGACAGCAGAUAUGUUUACCAACAUCUACUUGAAGAAUUACAACCAGAUAUUCCAGAGUCUUGGACAAACUCCAGAGGAUGUUGCAGAGCACACAUUCAAAAUGAUCACCAUGGAGAACCCACCAUUUCGGCAUCAGACUAACAGUCUGUACACCCCCAUGACCACCCUAAAAUAUGCAGAUCCAAAUGGCGACCUUCCCAUUGAAACCUUCUAUAAAAUGGUGUUUGAACAUGACAAGGUGUUCAAUGCAAGUCUCAAUUUCCUUAAGCUUCUGCGCUGGAGAAGCCGUAAGAGCUUUACUCUGGGCAAAGAAAAGAAUGCCUCUUAA